UGAAUUGACUUCGUGAGGCUCUUAGAGAAACUACUAUGACUGCAAGCGGAGACACUGCGAGAAAAAUGCCUACCAGCAACAGAACACAGGGCGGAGGUGCAGUGUUCAAGGACAAAGAGAAGCCCGAGCAUGUUCGGGACAGCAACAUUGUUGCCGCGAAAGCAGUCGCCGACGCCAUACGAACGUCACUGGGACCCCGAGGCAUGGACAAAAUGAUCCAGCAAGGCAAUGGAGACGUCACGAUUACAAAUGAUGGAGCCACUAUUCUGAAGCAAAUGCAAGUUUUGCACCCUGCUGCCAAAAUGCUGGUCGAACUGUCGAAAGCGCAAGACAUUGAGGCAGGCGAUGGAACGACGUCUGUCUGUGUUAUUGCAGGAAGCCUCUUGGACGCCUGUAGAAAACUACUUAACCGCGGGAUCCACCCGACAACCAUAUCGGAGUCUUUCCAGCGUGCAGCGCACAAGGCCAUCGAGAUCCUUGAAGGCAUCAGCAAGCCUAUAGACUUGAAUGAUCGGGAGUACUUGGUCAAAAGUGCCUCGACGUCACUGAACUCGAAAGUGGUAUCGCAGUACUCAUCGCUUCUUGGACCAAUGGCCGUCGACUGUGUUUUGAAAGUCGUCGACUCCCUCGAAGACGAUCAGGUCGAUCUAAGGAACGUCAAGAUUGUGAAGAAACUCGGAGGUGUCGUUGAAGAUAGCACUUUGAUUGAUGGGAUUGUUCUGGACCAGAAAACCAAAAAUGUCGGAGGACCCAGCAAAAUAGAGAAAGCGAAGAUCGCUUUGAUUCAGUUCUGUAUCUCGCCGCCCAAAACUGAUAUGGAAAACCAAGUUAUCAUUUCGGACUACACGCAAAUGGACAGAGUUUUGAAAGAGGAGCGAGCGUAUAUUCUGAACAUUGUGAAACAAAUCAAGAAAGCGGGAUGUAAUGUGUUGCUGAUUCAGAAAUCGAUUCUUCGAGAUGCGGUCAGUGACCUGGCAUUGCACUUCUUUGCCAAGAUGAAAAUCCUGGUUGUAAGUGAUAUCGAGAGAGACGAUAUCGAGUUCCUCUCGAAGACUCUCGGAACCAGACCAAUUGCGUCUCUUGAUCACGUCAUUCAAGAACACCUGGCGACAGCGGAUCUGGUUGAGGAAAUUCCGGUUGGAACCGAUAAGAUUGUUAAGAUCACAGGAAUCGAGAAGAAAUUCAAGACGGUCACAGUUCUGAUGCGAGGAUCCAACAAGCUAGUUCUUGACGAAGCUGAUAGGUCUUUGCACGAUGCCUUAUGCGUGAUCCGGUGUUUGGUCAAGAAACGAGCAGUUAUCGCCGGCGGAGGUGUUCCGGAAAUCGAAGUGCAUCUUCGCUUGAUGGAACAUGCCCAGAAGCUCUCAGGUAUGGACGCCUAUUGCUUCCAAGCGUUUGCCGACGCAAUGGAAGUGAUUCCCUAUACAUUGUCGGAAAACGCAGGUCUGAACCCGAUCGAAACAGUUACAGAGCUGAGAAACAGACACGCUAACGGGGAACUGAAUGCGGGAAUCAAUGUAAGAAAAGGAUGCAUCACGAACAUAGAAGAUGAAAGUGUGCUGCAGCCUCUGCUGGUGUCGACAAGUGCGAUCACGUUGGCAACCGAAACUGUGAGGAGCAUCCUGAAAAUCGACGAUAUAAUCACAGCAACUGGACAUUAAUGCACGAUUGAAAAUUAGCUGGAAAAUGCGACACCAAAUAUUUUCACAACCAAUCGAGUAUAAAAGCUAAUGAGUGUUGAAAAUGCGAGUGUGAAUUAUGGAUAAAGAAUUGUUGAUAUAAAAUGUAAAUGAUGUAAGUCCAUACAUAAUUCCUAUAUACAAUUGUGGAUCUUGUUGUGCAUUGAUGGUUUACUUGAUUACUUGAUCCGUGAUAAUACAUGCUGGCCAAAUUCAAAUAUUACCACCUGUCA